UUUUAGCUCAAAAAUUUCAAUAAAUCUGACUUUUUUUCUGAAUUGUCAUAUCAAUUCCUUCCGAGACUCGUCUAAGAAGAACAGCCUUUUUGAAGAGAUCAUGAAGCUUCUACUUGUUUUCCUUUUCCUCGCAGUUGUGGGAACUGUACAGGCAAAAGAACGUGUGUGCCCUCCCAUGCCUUUAAUUGAUUGCCUCGGCGGAAUGCAUCAUGUGGGCUGUUGCUCAAGCUCGGACUGUCAUGGAGGAAAUGUUUGUUGCAUAGGUCGAUGUUCAACACACUGUCGACCACCGAUAUCAGGCGGUCCUCUUCCACCGAGUCUAGGUGUGGAUACAGAAUUUCAUGUAUCGCCUGAAAAAUGCUCUGAACUAAAGGAAAGCGUAAAGGAAAGUUAUACUGAUAGAAGCUACUGAAGGCUCAUUUUACUGAAUAUCUGUUUAUGCAUUCAUGCAUCUAUAAAUUAAUUAAUUUAGAAGCUUGUAGUAAAAGAAUAUGCAAUUCAAUAAAAGAAAAUUAAAAUUUUCAUGAAA